GAAGUUAUCGUCCUCAAAUUCGUUCAUCAUGCUAUCUAAUAACUUUAUUCUCCUUUUUUGAAUGGCUGAAUUUAUUGACGAGGCUCAUCGUAUUGUUGAUGCAGCAAUCAAAAGCGCUUGUAGAAGAUUGUCAGGUUUGACUGACUUUCAGCAGCAUCAAAAGAAAGAAAUUGACGAGGUGGCUUUGAGGAAAGAAUUAGAGUUGAAGGCACAAAAAGCUAAGGACGAUUACUUAAAUACUAUCGGUAUAAUUGACGACCAGACAUUCGCUCACAUAUCCAACAUAACUUGGACAAGUAUAGAAGAUUUCACUGUGGAUGAAGGACUUAGCGACAUUCUGAAAUUUAUCAAGACUUGGAAACGAGAUUCUAGUUGGCUUCACUGUAUAGACUUUCUAAAGGAAGAUGACUUACCGUAUAGUAAACGUUUUAGGUAUGAAGUAAAAUGGAGUAUUCCGACGAGAAGAAAGCCAAUACCACGAGCUACUGCCUCAACUUACUUUACUUUGGAAGUAAGCAAAAUAAAACCCAAGGAUUAUCCUAUUGAAGUUUUUUAUAUAUUCGAAGGUCAUCAAUUUGUACACAGGUCACAAAUGGGAUCAAAUGUCUGUACGAUCUUUGAUAAAUUUUCGCAAGUGUUUUUUUUUAUCACGCGAAGGCAAAGAAACGAAAAAUAUACGAAUUUGGCACUCAUAGAUUUUCGCAACAUUAUCUUGAAUAUUUUUGUCAUGAAAAGUGAAUAAAAAUGAAAAAAAAAUGAUUUGUC